UUUCUCUGUAGGACAUGGAUCUGACCAGGAUGACUGAGAGACUUCUAAGAUUAGCUGUUCCUAACCACUUGUUGUGGCUGAUGUUUUUCUACGGGUUCUUCCACUCGUCUAUGAACUUCUCCGCUGAGCUGCUGCGCUUUGGAGACAGACAGUUCUAUAAUGACUGGUGGAACUCGGAGACGGUGACAUAUUUCUGGCAGAACUGGAACAUCCCUGUUCACAAGUGGUGUCUACGCCACUUUUACAAGCCCCUGCUCAGGAGAGGAUUUAGUAAAAUGGUCAGCCAAUCAGCUGUCUUCUUCUUGUCAGCUUUCUUCCAUGAGUAUUUGGUGAGCAUUCCUCUCAGGAUGUUCAGGCUUUGGGCCUUCACAGGCAUGAUGGCACAGAUUCCAUUAGCCUGGUGUGUUGGUCGCUACCUGCGUGGUAACUACGGCAACGCUGCAGUGUGGAUGUCAAUUAUCAUUGGUCAGCCUUUCGCCAUACUGAUGUACGUCCACGACUUUUACGUCCUUCACUACAGACAGGAGGCUGACUGAUGUGUGCACACACACACACACACACACACACACACACACACACACACACACACACACACACACACACACACACACACACACAAACACACAGCAAAGGUGCUUGUCAGGAAAUGAUCACAUCCUGAUCAUAGUUUGUUUCUAAGACACCUUAACCUUUGUAUCUUCCUGCAAUUGGUGUUUUUUCUUCCUGAAUUUUUUUUUCAAGCUGACAGGAUCUAAGAAAAGCUUACAGUUGGAUUUUAUAUGUAUUUAAAGUGGAAAAUGUUAAAUGAAUAGUUGAAAACAACAAUGUAACUUGGUAGCGUAGGAAAAGCUUCACGUCUCCAUGGAGUGACCUUUUUACUCAGGUUAUUGUUCCUCCAGUGUCUUUUAAAACCUCUGAUGGCCAAUUUGGGCCAUUUUCGGUUGUAUAUGUGGUACUGCAGAGAACCUUUCCUUGGUUUUACCAGAGAGGGUUUGCUCCUCCUCAGCAGUGUGCUUGGCCAGUGUAAUGUGGCUCAAUUGUUAAGUUGACAACACAAUUCAGGUGCCUUUGUAAAAACUGUGAAAGAGAUUAAUGUCCCACUACUUCCUUUUUGUGAGCCAAAGGGGCCUUUAUCUGUCCGGUUUUACUGUGAGGUGGAAAAAUCUAUGUUUCAUGGUAUGAUUUUAAUAAUGUACAAUUGUAAUGUUUUGUAUGAUGCUUUACUUUGUUGGUUAUGGAAAGGCCAGCAACUGCAUGUCUGUUUGUCCUUUUUUAUGCCUAAAGUGCCAUUUCUAUAAUACAGCACACACGCAUCAUCACAUCAACAUUUUACAUAUAUUGAUUUAUUUUAGAUCAGAAAAAAAAUGUUUGAAUGUGAUCAGUGAAUGAGUGUGUUUUUUUUUUCAUGGUACUGGCUUAUGGACUUUUGCCAAGUAAUGAUCAAAUGUGUGUCUGAAAAUAAACAUACAAAGAUUUCCAUUUGACUCUUACUUUU